ACUAGUAGUAUAGGUAUAGGUAGCCAAAUAGGGUUCAUUCGGUCCUUAUACCUUCAUUGAGUGAACAUAAAAAAGGUACCUACAAUAUAUUUUAUAGCCACUAUAAUUUAAUACUGUACACCGAAGAGUGAAGACAUAUUUUGUUCAAAAGAAAUUACUUCAGAAAUGAUUCACGGCAUAUUAUUGCCGUGUCUGAUCGUCUUAGUGGCCGUCCAAGGCAUCAGAGGACUUAAUAAUGGCUUGGCUCUGACACCACCAAUGGGAUGGCUUGCUUGGCAGCGAUAUAGGUGUAUCACGGACUGCGAGACUUACCCGGACGAAUGCGUAAGUGAACAAUUGUUUAUGAAAGCAGCUGACCUGCUAGUAAGCGAAGGAUACGCGGCAGCUGGUUAUAAUUACGUUAUCGUAGACGACUGUUGGUUAGCGAAAACACGAUCGGCAGAUGGAAAACUACAAGCUGACGAGAAGAGGUUUCCAAAUGGAAUCAAAGCUUUGUCGGACUAUGUCCAUUCUAAAGGCCUCAAGUUUGGUUUGUACGAAGACUGGGGUAACAAAACGUGCGCAGGAUACCCAGGAGUGUUGGGGCACGAAGAGACGGAUGCCAAAACGUUUGCAGAAUGGGAAGUCGAUUACGUUAAAUUAGACGGGUGUUAUUCCAACGUUAGGCUCAUGGAUAAAGGAUAUCCUGAAUUCGGUAAACAUCUAAACAACACAGGAAGGCCAAUGGUCUACUCUUGCAGCUGGCCAGCUUACCAAGAAGAAAAAGGAAUGUUAAUUAAUUAUGCAUCGAUGGCCAAACAUUGUAACCUUUGGAGGAAUUAUGACGAUAUUGACGAUUCGUGGGAUAGUAUGAUAAAAAUAGCCGAUUACUUUGCUCUUAAACAAGAAUUUUGGGCGAAAUUUGCAGGACCCGGUCAUUGGAACGAUCCAGAUAUGUUGUUGAUUGGAAAUUUUGGUUUGUCAUACGAACAAAGCAAAACACAAAUGGCUAUUUGGGCUAUUCUGGCAGCACCGCUUCUUAUGUCCAAUAAGCUGUCAGAUGUCCGACCAGAGUUUAAAGCAAUUUUGCAAAACAAAGAAGUCAUUAAAGUCAAUCAAGAUCGUCUAGGCAUUCAAGGAACAAGAGUUUUUAAGGAUAAAGGUAUUGAUAUAUGGACAAGACCAAUUGAACCUGUGCGUAAUGGGCAUUUCUCAUACGCCGUAGCAUUUGUAAACAGACGCGUUGAUGGUGCUCCUUAUGCUUAUAAUAUAACGUUACAAGACUUAGGUUUAACUAACAAUGAAGGUUAUACAAUUCAGAAUCUGUAUGAUCAAGAAAAUGGGCUAUUUUGUUUUAAUACUCUGAAAACACUGGUCAAAGUUCGAGUAAUUCCUUCAGGGGUAGUGUUUUUACGAAUUAACGUAGAAAGCUCAAAAUGUGAUCAAGAUACCACAAAGAAAAAGUAUGUUUUUAUAUAAUAAAAUUCAACUCAAUUCUCGAGACACAAGAAAAUUGACAAUACAAUUUGAUUAAGUAAAGUUUAAUGUAAUUAAUAUAUUUUUUUACAUUUUUUAA